UUUUGUUUUUUGUUUUUUUUUUCUUUUAAGCUUUGUUUUUCCUGAAGAGUUUAUGGUUUUCUUUGCAUUCUAACUGUGUUGAGCAGUUAAGGGUUUUAAGAAAAUUUGUUUUUGGAAAUGGCGUGAAAUGAAAACGAAUUGUUUUUAAGGGUAUUGAGGAAAGUGUGAGAAAAAAUGGCAGGAUGGUUGAGCAGGGAUACUGCGUCUAGCGUAGACGAAAGCCAACUAGAGGGUUAUUCUGAUAUCGUGAGCGUAAAAAAUGGGAACAAAAAGGAAGUCGAUUUGUUUGAGCUUCACGUUGUUGUGAAAAAACGAGUUGUGGGUUCGAGUCGAGCUUUGGGUCUGGAUAAAGUAGUGGAAGAUAUUGGGAUGGAAGAGGAAAAUUACAGUUCCAGUGGGCCUUUUAUGGAGUUGCAGUCAGAUUUGAAGGCAUUUCUGUCGGAUAAAGUUGUAAAAAAAGAUUUUGUGGGGUUUACGAAUGGUGCAUUUGGAAGUGGUGAUGGGGAUUUGGGUUUUGUGGAUAUAAAACUCGAUUGGAAUGUGAAAUAUGAUGGAAACCAGUUUACUGAUACGGUUGGUAAUGGGAAUGAACAGAAACUGGGUUUGGACUUUGUUAGCAGGAAAAGAAAGCGCGGAUGCUAUUUGAGCAUGAUAAGUUGGAUCCGUGAAGUCGCGAAAGAUCCCUGUGAUUUUGGUAUUGAGCCGAUGCCCGAAAGGCACAAGUGGAAGUGUUAUGGAGCAGAGAUGCCGUGGAAAAAGAUUCUACAGGCACGUGAAGCUAUGUUUUUGAAAAAGAAUGUUGAUGCAAGCUCUCAACAAUCAAUUUGGCAGAGAAAACAAAAGAUGCAUCCAAGCAUGUAUGAAGAUGACCAAUGUAGCUCCGAACGGCAAAGAUGCAGUCAGAGGCUCCUGUUUGCAAAAGAUCCGUCUCAAAAGCCGCGCGAACGCCUUUUUCAAGAAUCGAGUUCCUCUGAUUUUCAAAGUGACGAGGAUAAAGCCGAUAAGCUUUUCGAUUCAACAGCUGAGUCAGCUAAUUUUUGCGGAAAUCAACGUCGACAGAAAAGAAUUCCCAUUGGUCCAAAUUCUCAAGCUGAUAUACCCGAUUUUGUUGGUGAGAGUUAUUACAGAAGUGAUUCCCAAUGGUUAGGCUCUAGAAUUUGGCCAAUUGUAAAAGGGGAAGAACAAAGGAGCAUCCUAAUCGAAAGGGAUCCUAUUGGCAAAGGAAGACAAGAAACUUGCGGCUGUCAAUAUCCGGGCUCAUUUGAAUGUGUAAAAUUUCACGUCAGGGAGAAAAGAGUGAAACUAAAGCUCGAAUUAGGCUCUGCUUAUUCUAAAUGGAAAUUCGAUAACAUGGGUGAACUUGUUGCACUUUCUUGGACGAAUGAGGACGAGAGCACAUUUCAAAGAAUCGUGGACUCUAAUCGGUUAUCUUCUGAGAAAUAUUUUUGGGACGAGCUUUUCAAGUGUUUUCCUAAAAAGGGUCGUGAGGCUUUGGUGAGUUAUUACUUCAAUGUUUUUCUUCUGAGGCGUCGAGGUUGUCAGAACCGAUGUGGGACGAGCGAGAUUGAUAGUGAUGACGAGGACUCUGAGUUCGGGCCUAUUGGUAAUAGGUUUGGACAAAUUGCUGCUAACUCUCAAAGUUCGAUCUUUUGUUCUCCUAAGAAACCUCACUUGAAUGUCGGUCAUAGAGGGAGCUAGACGGGGUUCGAAAGGAAUCCCCUUCCAAGAAAAUACUUCUGUGAUGAAGGUUAGAGGGUGGUUGGACGUGUAAAUUGAAGCGGUUUUUUUUGGGUUGGAAAAAAAUGAGUUUUUUGUCAUUUUUGGUUUUGGUUCGUCGAACAGUUGAAUUCUGAAGCUUUAGGGGACAUACAUUUUUCAGAAGGUCUGUUAAAAACUUUUCCAGGUGAUCAGCAGUUAUGGGUUUUCUUUGUUUUAUUUUUCCUUUUUCUCCUCCUUUUGUUAAGCCAGCAUUAUUUUUCAGUUUUAAUUCAUUUGUGAAUACUGGGAAUUCAUUUUGGGAAUCAUCGGAGUUGCUUGUUUCUGUUUCUG